GGUUAUACCUCUUCAUUUCACAUCCCACUUUCGCUAUUCCACACUCAUCCCCUCUGAAUGCUUCAUCGGCGGCGCUAUCAGCCUUGCAUCGCCGUCUCACAAACCUCCAUUGCAUUCAACUUCCAUCGGCCUUACUCGCAUCGCUCCCUUCCGUCGCACCCCUUCCCGGUUCUUCUUCGUCCCACCCCUUCCGUCGGCCUUGCUCGCAUCGCUCCCUUUCAAACCCUAAUGUGCGUUUCUCUCUUCGAUCUCGCCACUAGUGCUUGCUCUUUUCCGUGUGUUGCUGUGUUUCUCUCUUCGAUCUUGCCUCAGCUGUGCAGGGCAUAUGAUCGAGCUGCGAUCAAGUUCCGUGGCAUUGAUGCAGAUAUCAAUUUCAACGUCAGCGAUUAUGAUGAAGAUAUAAAGCAGUCACAGCAUUGCGGAAAGAAUUUUUCAAGGAUGAAACAUUGCCGGGUUGAUACUUCUCAUGCACUGAGAUCCUCUCCAUGGUUUAGAUUUCCUUAUCCACUACAAUGGGGUACACCUGUCUUCCAUUGGAAAAUGGCUCUUGUGAUGUGUGUGGUUUCUGUAAUCUCAUCUAUGGAUUCGGUUGGAUCAUACAAUGCCUCUUCUUUACUGGUGGCGUCCAGACCUCCAACUCCUGGAGUUCUAAGUCAAGGAAUUGGUUUGGAAGGUCUUACAAGUGUCUUGGCUGGUCUCUGGGGAACUGGAACUGGGUCGACAACUAUAACUGAAAAUGUCCACACAAUUGCUGUGACUAAAAUGGGAAGCCGCAGGGCAGUUCAACUGGGAGCUUUCUUUUUAAUAGUGUUGUCUCUUGUGGAACUUCUUUUCAUGCAAUCUGUGUUUACCUAUGCUUAUGCUAUACAACAAUUAAAGUUGGAGGUUUCAUUGCUUCAAUUCCUGAUGUCAUUAUUUCUGGUCUACUCUGCUUUAUGUGGGCAAUGCUUACUGCAUUGGGCUUGUCAAACCUACGGUAUAGUGAGGCUGGAAGCUCUCGGAAUAUCAUCAUUGUUGGGUUAUCAUUGUCAUUGUUUUUCUCUCUUUCCAUAUCUACCUACUUUCAACAAUAUGGUCUCUCUCCAAACUCCAACAUGUCAGUGCUGAAUUAUUUCCAAGCUUAUGUUGUGGCUUCUCAUGGACCUAUACAGGGCAAGAAUGGAGGGGUCUGGAGAAUGGGGAGAUCAUUUGACAUUGCAGGCAGCUGCUGAUAAGGUUUGCUAUGCAGAGAUAUAAGAAUUGGAUCUCAUUCAGUCUGACAAAUAACUUGUAUGCAUGUUUGUUUUUAUGCAUUCUGUGCAUGACCAUGAUUGAAGAGCAUGCAAGCAUGCAAGCAUCUCUCUUAAAUGGAACUGCAUAUGCUCAGUCCAAUGCAAACAAAUCAAAGAAGAACUAGAUGAACAAAUACUUUCAAGUUUCAGCCACACAAGAGUCUACCAUGGAGUGAAGAAUCAUGUAACUCAGAUUAGAUUGGAGAGUUUAAACUUUAAAGAGAGCAUGAGGAAAUAGUUUUAAAAUUUAGGCCGAAAGUCUUGCCCUUCUCUGUUGUAGUUUAAAAGAAAUUUUGGGGUAUCUUUUUAUUGAGACAGUGAGAUAUUGAAUAAUGGUGUUGAAAAA